UGGUUCAUUUAUGAGGCACAAAAUUGACACCAAUAGCAAUCAUCUCAUCAUGAUUACAACUUCUCUGUUUCUUCAUUUCAUCUUCUCAAUUUCCAUCCUAAUUUCUUCAAUAUAUGCACUUAACCAAGAUGGAACCACACUCCUUUCUUUCAAACAAAAUCUUCUUUCAUACCCACCUUCAGUUUUCCAAACUUGGAACCACACUCAACCCACACCAUGUUCAUGGUCUGGUGUCACUUGUGCACCACAAACCGGUUCAGUCAUCCGUUUAGACCUCCCAAAUUCUCGCCUUACCGGUUCCAUCUCAAACGACAUUAUUAGUCGUCUUGAACAUCUUCGUGUUCUUGAUUUAUCAAAUAAUUCAAUAAAUGGAACUCUUCCUAUUUCACUUUUCAACAUUUCAAACCUUGAAACACUUGCAUUGUCUUAUAACUUUAUUUCGGGUGAGUUGCCCGAAAUGUUUAAUAACAUGUUUCAUAAUAUUCGGGUUCUUAACCUUUCACAUAACUAUUUAUCUGGUCGUGUGUCUAGCGGCUUUGAUACUAUUGAAGUAUUAGAUUUAUCUUACAAUUUUUUUAACCAAAAAUUACCUCUUGAUUUUGGAGGCUUUUCUUUAAACUACUUAAAUCUUUCACAUAACAAAGUUAUAGGUUCUCUAUCUCCGGAAUUCGCCAGUAAAAUUCCGGAGAUAGCUAUCGUUGAUCUCUCGUAUAAUAACUUUUCAGGACAAAUUCCACAAACAUUGUCUAAUAUGAAAUCCGAGUAUUUUGAUGGAAACUUGAACUUAUGUGGGAAACCACUUAAGAAAAUGUGCACAGUUCCUUCAUCACAUUCACUCCCACCUAAUGUUUCCUUAGAGUAUCCUUCAACUGCGGCCAUUGCAGCGAUUCCUAAAACCUCGGAGAAAUCAAAUGACCGCGGUCAUGGAAAAGUUGAUAUAGGGAAAGUUGUGGCCAUUGUGGUUGGAGAUGCAGCUGCUGUGGCGCUUUUCGUGGUUCUUAUCUUCUAUGCAUACCGAAUUCGUAAGAAGAAAAUGAAUCAAAACAUGAAAGAAUCUAUGCCUGUCAAAAUCGGCGAAUCCACUUCGACAUAUUCACCAGUCCAUUCUCGUUGUUGUUUCAUCGGUGGAAUUGAAGAAGAAACAUCGGAAGCAUCAACAGAAUAUGAAUCCGUUGGUAAUAUUUACGACAACAAUAAUAAUAACAAAUGUUUGGUUCUGGUGGACGGGGAGACCGAGUUAGAAAUGGAGACAUUAUUGAAGGCGUCAGCGUAUAUAUUGGGUUCAAGUAGUGGGAGCAUUGUGUAUAAGGCGGUGGUGAAAAGUGGCGGCGAUGGAGGGGUGGCAUUUGCUGUUCGGAGGAUGUCAAAGUGUGGAGGAGUGGAGAAGAUGGUAGAGUUUGAGAAAAUAGUGAGGGUUUUGGGUAAGAUUCGACAUCCGAAUUUGGUGAAGGUUCGUGGGUUUUAUUGGGGCGAAGAAGAGAAACUUUUGAUUUGCGAUUAUGUCUCGGGCGGAAGCUUGGCUGGCUCUGCAGCUUAUAAGAAGGCUAGCUCGACGUCGUCGUGUCACUUUUCUUUUGAGGUCCGACUCAAGAUAGCAAAAGGGAUUGCCAAGGGGCUAUUGUACAUUCACGAGAAGAAACAUGUCCAUGGCAACAUAAAGCCAAGCAACAUCCUCUUGACAUCUGAAAUGGAUGCUCUUAUUAGUGAUUUUGGGUUAGAGUGGCUCGUAUCAGGGCAAAAAAGUGACAUAACAGACAAGUCGACUCGAAACUUUGGCAGCAAAAGUGCAAUAACUUCCUCUAUAAAUAACGACAACACUACUUAUGUAACUCCAUCUACAAGCUUACAUAAAUGGACCUCACCUUAUCAAGCACCCGAGUCUACAAAGACCCUUAAACCCAACCCCAAAUGGGACGUUUACUCGUUUGGGGUUAUUCUGAUCGAGCUUUUCUCUGGGAAGAUGUUAUCCACUAGAGAAUUGGCUCAUUGGAACACAGACUUAUCAAUUUCUAACAAUGAGACCAAGAUUUUAGAAAUAAUUGAUGCGUUUACUACUGUUGAUGUGCAUAAACAUAAAGAUUGUUUGUUGAUGUGCUUCAAGUUAGGUUUCAACUGCGCAUCAUCGGCUCCACAAAAGAGACCUUCAAUGAAAGAGGCAUUACAAGUACUUGAAAAAAUCCCAAGCCCUUCAUGAGGUCAAGCAUGAUCAGAUAAAUAGGAUGGAAAAGAUGUCAAAGGUCACCAUUUUGUGUCUUCUGACAAUGAUAUUAUUUGUUGUAGAUUUUGUAAGAUGGAUGUGUGAAGUUUAAGACCAAAAGUAUUGUAUGUCUGAUCUAUUAAUUGAUCAGCUAGCUAAAUGUAGCUCUUAAUUAGUGAGUUUUGUAAUAAAAAAAAUUGUGUUAGCACUUUGGCUUUAAAUUUA